UUUUUAGUUUGUUGGGAGAUAAUGAACUGGUUUCUGGGUCGGGAGAUGGUACUGUCAGAGUUUGGAAAUUCUUAGAAGGAGUAGAGCUAGCAGCUAGAGAUGUUUAUAAGGAUGUUGAAGUGAAGGUAACCCGUAAACUAGAGAACAAAGCCAACUUAACGAAUAAUCUUCAGGACAUGGAAAUAGGACGUAAACGUAACGAACCUGCUGAUGUUCCUGCUGUAGUUAAAGUCAAAGGGUUGCAUCGUUUAAACCUAUUCAUAGCUCAGGUUGAGGGAUUUAACGGACUCGUCCUCUACUCCUUCAUCAACACCCUGGAGAAGGUUCAAACUAUCCCCAGCCUCUACAACGUCCUGGACUUCGAGGUGGAAGACUCCAACUCCCUGGUCCUCCUCACUAGGGCCGACCUUGAGAAGAACUCCGUGAUACUCAGGAAAUAUACUUUUUCCACUAAAACAAGUAAUUUCGAAAACCCUGUGGAUUUUAACCUCUCUCAGGAUGUUAUUCAGAUUAGUGGUGAGGAGAAGGACGGUUUGAAAAAUUUACAUAAACGUUGGUUUGACAACAUGAAGGACUAUAUGGAGAGGAAGCAAAGGAGAAUAGAGAAAACUAAAAUGUCCGACGGUGAAUCACCGUCCAAUACUGAGGAGUCAUGUAUUCUUGAAGAGAUACCCAGUAAAAAACAGAGGGUUGAAUGUUGAUGCAUUUUAAAAACUUUUUUUAUUUUUAUAUUUUUCAGA